AUGCUAUUGCCAAGUAUAUAAUUGAAUAUUCGAAUUAUGACUAAAUUGCUAUUUUGUUCUUAAUUGUUUGUUACGUUAAAUAUUUUAUCACGAAAAACUUAAAAACAUUUUGUACGUUUCCUGGUAUACCAGGAAAAUUCCUGUAAAUAUAGAUAAUUCAAUUAAAUUUAAAUUAUGAGCAUACAGGACGAUUAGAAUUUUAUGAUACAAAUAUUUUUUCCUAUAAAUUUAGAAAAUAAAGAAAAAUAUAUAAUACAAAAGAUUUAUAAACAUCUAAAAUAAUUUGAAUAUAUUUUUUAUUGUCUUUUUCGAGGGUAAACUUUUAAAAUCAAAAUGGAAACCUAUAUUCAAAAUUUCAUAAAUAGAUGCAUAUAAGUUUUUUUUUUUUUAUUUCCGUCAACUCGUUGACGAGAUAUUCCACUUUUUAGUUGAGGUAGAGGGGGAGUAGUGGAACACUAUAUGCACUUGUGUGAUGGCACGGCACGGUGAGUGGCGUUUAAAUAUUUAUAGAAAAAAAUUGCUGUUACAUAAAAUUCUGAUCACUCUGUAGUCUGUAUAAGUCAUAUUAUAUUAUGCGGACAUACCUAUAGGGUAUAAUGACGUAUGUAUAAUAUAAUCUGGGUAGGCAUUUAUGUCAAAUAUUUGAACUUAAAAACGUAAACAAUGAAACGAUUGUCAACGCUAUCGAACAUUGUUUUGAUUCGAGAGUGCUUUUUAUAAUCGAAAUUUGUAUAUUCAGUAGGAAGGUAUUUCUAUUCUGGCGAAAUCGAUUAAAUAUUAGGUAUAUAUUUUCGAACAGAUAUACGUAAAACGGUAAUUCAUAAACAAGGUUGGACUAGAAUAAUAAAUAUUUUUCGUUAUUCGGUACCGAACUUUUGGUACGGCCGGCCUUUUACGAAGAAAAAAAAAACGAACAAAUUCAAGAUCAAUCUCAUUAUUGUAUCCCGAAAAAAUAAUAAUAAUUACAAUAAUAUACAUACACAAACAAAUGUACGUGGCACAGAAGAAAUAGUGUGUAAUUAAUUCUCAAUGUAGACUGCAAAAUCACGUAUAUAUAGAAGUUUUCUACGUACUAAAUAUUAUAAUAAGUGUUGUUUUGCAUAAGCCAGUUUAAAAAUUCAACGUCAUAAUGUACUUACUAUAGGGUGAACAUUGACCAAAUAUAAAAAAAAUGAAAAAACAGGACAAUAUAAUUUCAAUAAUAUAAUAUUCAAAAUAAUAUUUAUUAAUUAUUAUAGAUUUAAUUUUUUUGUUUGUUAAUAUUUCAUAAUUAUUAUGCCUAUACUAUUUUAAAUACACCCGUAUUAAUACAAUACAAUCUUAUUUUCUGUGAAGCCAUUAUUUUUAAGUACGUAUACUCGCGACGACUACGUACUAUGACACUACGUGCAAUAUGCAACUGCAAAACGAAACUAAAUUGAGUCAUAUUGCCCACCUAAACACAAAAUUACGCAGACACAGUUUGAAAAUUUCUUUAACUCCUUUGGUUAAUACUUCGUCAUAGGGGGGGACUUAAAUGCCAAACACCAUUCAUGGGGUUGUCAUACAUCUAACCCAAAAGGGAAAUCUCUACUAAAAACAAUUAACAAUAAGCAAUUAUCUGUUCUUGCCCCUCCUAACCCUACAUACUGGCCUUCAUCACUAAGAAAACGCCCGGAUAUUCUCGAUAUAUUUGUUGUCCAAGUCCCUCCAAGAUUGAAUCAUCUAGUUACAAACUUAUUGGACCCGUGUUCCGACCAUUCCCCAGUUCUCUUAUGCUUAGACGCCUCACCUUAUCUCCAACCUGGUAAACCAUCACUGAUAAAUGGUGUUAUGGACUGGGAAAAUUUUCGUGAUAUAAUUAAUCAAAGAAUAAAAUUAAAUAUAAGUCUGAAAUGUCCAAGUGAUAUCGAUGACGCUGUUCUUAAUUUUACUGAAAUCAUCCAGUCAGCUGCGUGGAACUCCACCGUCCACCGGAAGAAAAAUGAUAGCUCUAACCAUUUGCUANAGAGGAGAGCCAGAGCCCGUUGGCAAAGAACAAGACUUCCAUCUGACAAAAGUAUUUAUAAUAAGCUAACCUGGUCACUUAAACGUAUCCUGCAACAUCUAAGGAACGAAUCCUUUAAUAACUGGAUUGCAUCCCUAACGACCAGGGACAACUCGCUCUGGAGAGCAACACGUAAUUGUUUAAAACAAAAGUCCGCCCCAACUUCCUUAAAAAAAUCCGAUGGUACUUGGUGCAAAUCAGAUAAAGAGAAAGCUGAACUUUUCUGUUCUCACCUUUCGGAAGUUUUUAAGCCUCACCAACCAACUUCUAACGUCACCUUCUUGGAAACAAUUGAAAACUCUCUUAAUUCAACCCUGCCACUUUAUCUCGCUCCCAAACCUUUUUCACCAGGUGUGGUUCUUCGUUUUAUAAAUACGUUUCCACUGAAAAAGUCACUCGGUAUAGACCUCAUCACAGCUGAGGUAGCUCGACAACUGCCAAAGACGGCUUUAAUUCACCUAACCCACAUCUUAAACUCUAUCUUGAGGCUAUCGUACUUCCCCAUUCAAUGGAAAGUAUCCCUUAUAAUCCUAAUUCCCAAGCCUGGCAAACCUCCCGAUACUCCAUCAUCUUAUCGUCCAAUAAGCUUACUUCCUUUCUUUGCAAAACUGUGUGAAAAAAUGAUCCUAAAACGAAUAUCCAAUAUAAUUAACGACAAAAAAAUUAUCCCCUGCACGCAAUUUGGCUUCCAAGACAAACAUUCCACUAUCCAUCAGGUACACCGCCUUACUGACUCAAUUGCCUACUCCUUAGAAACGAAGUCACACUGCUCAGCUGUCCUACUCGAUGUUGCCCAAGCCUUUGACAGAGUCUGGCAUCCUGGUCUCUUACACAAGCUGAAAAUAAUUCUCCCUCCACCGUAUUAUUUAUUUUUUAAGUCAUAUCUCGAGGACAGAUUCUUUGCCGUUAAAGUUGGCUCUGAAAUCUCAAAUUUGGCCUCAAUCCUUGCUGGUGUUCCUCAAGGCGCCAUCUCUUCUCCCAUAUUGUUUAACAUAUACACAUCGGAUCAACCAACCACUUCUCAAACUUCUGUAGCCGACUUCGCUGAUGAUAAAGUUAUAUAUAUUUCCGAAAAAAACCCAUUUCUUGCCAGCCAAUAUUUGCAGAACCAUCUAAACCUACUCUCUGAUUGGUAUUCCAAUUGGAGAAUUAAAAUAAACAAUGACAAAUCAUCCCACAUCACCUUCACUCUCAAACAAUCCACAGUACCUCCAGUUUAUUUAAACAAUAAAGUUAUUCCUUCCUCCUCUAAUGUUAAAUAUUUGGGUCUCACUCUCGAUAAACGACUUAACUGGGCCUUACAUAUUAAGCAGAAACGUCUCUUGCUAAAUGCCAGACGAAGAGCGCUCUUCCCACUUAUAGGAAGACAAGCAAAAACUGACCUAAAAACUAAACUGCCACUGUACAAAACCCUUCUCAAGCCAAUUUGGUUAUACGGUAUCCAAUUGUGGGGUGCAGCAAAAAAGUCUAAUACUUACAAAAUCCAAGCAUUCCAAUCGACCUCAUUGCGAAUGAUUACAGGCGCUCCUCCGUAUGUUUCAAACCACGCCUUACAUUCAGACUUAAAAAUUUUAACUGUCCAUGAAGAAGCCAAAAAUGCCUAUAGACUUUUCCGCGCGCGUCUUACAAACCACUCCAAUCUACUAAUCCGUGCCCUAAACUCCAAUUCCAUUCCAGGUAAUCCACCUAGAAGGUUAAAACGUAACUGGAACCGUGACCUAUAA